GGCGGGGCGAGAAGCAUGUGGGUGUUUGGCUACGGCUCCCUCAUCUGGAAGGUGGAUUUCCCUUACGAGGACAAGAUGGUCGGCUACAUCACCGGCUACAGCCGGCGCUUCUGGCAAGGCAGCACCGACCACCGCGGAGUGCCGGGCAAGCCUGGAAGAGUUGUGACACUCAUUGAAGAUCCUGAGGGCUGUGUAUGGGGUGUGGCAUACAAACUGCCAUUAGGACAAGAAGGUGAAGUAAAAGCAUAUCUGGACUUCCGAGAGAAAGGUGGCUACAGGACUACAACUGUCAUUUUCUAUCCAAAAGAUCCUUCCGUGGAACCCUUUGAUGUGCUGCUAUAUAUUGGAACCUGUGAAAACCCUAACUACCUCGGGCCAGCACCUCUAGAAGAGAUUGCCAAACAGAUUUUUAAUGCCGUUGGUCCCAGUGGAAGAAACACUGAAUACUUGUUUGAACUUUGCAACUCCCUCAGGGAUCUUGUACCAGAAGAUGUAGACGAACAUCUUUUUACUUUAGAAAAACUAGUAAGGAAACUUUUGGAACAGGAACAAACCCAAGGUCUUAACUGCAUAUAAAAUUCACGUGGUUUCAAAUAACACUUCAUCAACACUUUCAUUUACAGCAAGGGUAGGACUUGGAGAUGUUCCACCUGGACUUUAAGAGAUACAUUUUAAUGUUUCAUUCAGGGUACUCUUGUUAUUGGUCAGUAGAAAAUUAUGUUUAAAGUUACGUUUUCAGGAGUUUACUGGGGGGAGCUUUGAAUUUUGAU